ACACCUACCAGAUCCGAAGCCAAUUCCAGAAGAAAAACAAAGAGGACAAGCGAAACUAGCGAAAAAGAGAAGGGCAUUAGUAACAACAAAAAAAACAAAAGACAAUUAGCACCAGAUCCAAAACCAAUUCCUGAAGAGCGAAGAGAACAAGCGAAACUACCAAAAAAAAAAAGAAGGAAAUCCGAAGCUAAUUCCAGAAGAAGAACGAAGAGGACAAGCGAAACUAGCGAAAAAGAGAAGGGCAUUAGUAACAACAAAAAAAACAAAAGACAAUUAGUACCAGAUCCGAAACUAAUUCCCGAAGAGCGAAGAGAACAAGUGAAACUACCAAAAAAAAAGAGAAGGAAAUCCGAAGCCAAUUUCAGAAGAAGAACGAAGAGGACAAGCGAAACUAGUGAAAAAGAGAAGGGCAUUAGUAACAACAAAAAUAACAAAAGACAAUUAAUACCAGAUCUGAAACCAAUUCCCGAAUAG